CCAAUAUGGCCGCACAUGUGCAAAUUUUAAAUUUUAGUUUUAGUUUGAUGUUUUAGUUUGAAGUUUUACUGUAACUGCUUGUUUGUAAUAGCAAGACAUACAUAGAAAGACUUUGUGAAUGGCAGUAAAUGGCGUUUAGCAGUGCUCCAAUAUUGUGCAAUGAUAAAGAAUAUUUUGUUUCUAAAAAAAUCCGGACGUUGCUACAAAGUUUUAGAAAGAUGGUACGGUAUUAUAUGUCGUUAUGGCUCUGUUUGCAAGACCGCUCAAAAUAUGACCAUACGACGUAAAUCCAGCCGCAUUUGGCUGCAAAUAAUUCAGGCUGGUCAAGGAGAUACUUCUCCAGGUCUUUAUGUAUUCACUGAUAAUAACAGAUACCUUAUCAAUGCAGGAGAAAACACCUUAAGGCAUCUGCAAGAUAGUGGCCUGCCUAUAAAAAGUCUGAACCGAAUUCUUUUGACUGGUUCUUCAAUAAAUCAUAUUGGUGGUCUUACUAAUAUGCUUUUGGCAACACAGAACCCUGUUGAAUGCCCAAUCACUGUCUGCGGUCCACCAAACAUUGAAGCAUUCUUGCAAACCAAUAGAAGGUCCUUUCAAUAUUUGUCAAAAUUUGAAUUUGUGAAGGUAAAGACUGUUGAUGAAAGAGUAUCUUGGAAUGAAGUUAUCGGUGAUGAUGACUUUAGAGUUUUUGGUUGUGCAAUCAAUGAUGAGAUGGACAGGGGUGAUCUUAAUCAUAUAUACCCAAGACUUGCCAUAUCUUAUGGUUUUGUGUUAUCCCAGUCGCUGCGAAGAGUCUGUGUGAAUUCUAUGAAGAAGCAUGGUGUAUCUCAUGAUGUGUUUCAAAAAGUUGUACAGGAAUGUCAAAAGGGGAAUUCUAUCAGCUUGCCAUCUGGAAAAGUGAUCAAUCCAAAUGAUGUUCUUCUUCCUCCUCAACGAAGACAGUCAUUCCUUGUUAUUGACUGUCCAUCGAAACAUGUUUUCAAAAUACUCUCCAGAUAUAAACAAACUGACUUUUUCAAAGAAGAUUUGGACACUCACAUUGACCUGGUGAUACAUAUGACCUCACAGGAUAUUUGGACGACACUGGAAUACCAAUCAUGGAUACAAUCAUUCAGCUCUGAUACCAAACACAUGCUGAUGAACAACACAAUGGUUGCUAAUCCUUUUCCUACAGUUUUCACUUUUGAUAAGAUUUUUGAAAAACUGAACAGGGAACACCCAAACGUAUUUCCAUCCUUACAGUACUCUCUCCUGGACGAAGGUAUGGUGAAGUUGUUGAAUUCUCCUGAAGUUGUUACCAUCGCUUCUCCUUCAUUGAGAUACAUUUUUCGACCAUUGAGAUUGGAAGGGUUUGAAGAGUCUGUGUUGCAAGCUAAGAUGGAUAAUUUAUUACAUAAAUUGCGGGAUAGAGAAGUUGCAAAACCAUUUACCAGCUCUGAUGCAAGUAAUGAUUUUGAAGUUGUCUUCCUUGGUACUGGCUCAAGAGUGUCCUCAUUUUUACGCAAUACAAGUGGUAUUCUAUUGAACCUGAGAAACAAAAUAUCAUUGUUGAUGGAUUGUGGUGAAGGAACGUACAGACAGCUGUGCUAUCAUUAUGGAAAUAAUAUUGAUGUUAUUUUGAAGCAACUUCGAACCAUCUUCGUUUCUCACAUGCAUAUUGACCAUCACUUGGGGCUCGUGAAUCUCUUACUACAACGAAAGAGAAUUGUGGGAAAUUCAGAUCAUGUACGAAUUAUUGGACCAGAAAGUUUAGAUCAGUAUUUAAGAUAUUUUGAAAUGCUAAGUGGAGAGUCACUCAAUUUCAGAUUUUCCCAAUUUUGGUGGAUAAAGCGAAGCGAUGGAAAAAAAGAUGGAAAAUCUUUUAGCCGUUCUUUGGGAGUUUCCAAGAUUUCUGUUGUUCCGACUAAACACAGCGACUAUUCCCAUGCGUUGGUUCUUGAACGUAAUUCAUGGAAGCUGGUUUAUUCUGCAGACACGAGACCUUGUAAACAGUUGAUCGAUGCUGGGCAAAAUGCAACAUUGCUUAUCCAUGAAGCAACUUUUGAGGACGAGUUAUUGGACAGAGCUAAAGCAACCAGCCACUGCACAGUAUCAGAGGCGAUCAGAUGCAGUGAAUUAAUGAAAGCUGAACACACAAUCUUAACUCAUAUCAGCAGCAGGCAUUUGUUUCCCUGUAAAUCGUCCAGGCUUCCUGAUCAAGUGACCUUGGCCUUUGAUCACAUGACGGUCCAGCAACAAGAACUGGGCACAUUGCAAAGAGUUAUGCCAAGUGUUGAAAAAACCGUUCUUCACUCACAACAAGGACGAAGAUCGCGGAAGAAACAAAAGAAUGUAAUAUCGCCUAAGAACAAGAAAACGGUCGAGUUAUGAUGCACCUUUACUUGGAACAACGGCGGAUUCAUAUAAGACAGGAAGAACAAUCCAGAAGAAACAGCUCCAAUAUAUUCUUUGUUGUUUCAAGUGAACGCCGGAAGGCAAAUGAAGAAAUUCUAUUUACAAAGUCAGAAGCACUGGUUAGAAAAUGGCAGCCAACAAUAUGGAGGGAUAUUAUUUAUGGUUUUCAGUGCUAGUAUCUCUCUUGGCCAUUAUAAUCGCCUGGUGUUGGAUGCAGAUGGGCAAAAAACGCGAUCAAGCCAUGCUAGAUGAGGAUAAACUGUUGACAGAAGAAAUAAGAGCUAAUUUCAAUCCUGAUGCGUUGCAUACAAAUUCCAACAAUGAGCAAUACGAGGGAAGCAAUGAUGAUAAAUGUGAAGAAGUUGAAGAAAGGAAGGUUGAAAGAAG